CCGCGCAACACCAAUGGUCUUGGAACCAAGACUAACAUUGAAAUAGAGGCAAUGACAAUUUUUUUGUCAUGGUAAUUUGAUUAUUCGGUCGGAUUCCUCCAUGGUCUGAUUGUCCAUUCGUGAAAGGGUUUUAUGUGAGGAUUUACGGCGUGAACCGGUUGAUGUGUCUGUCAUCCAUUCAUUAUUACGUUAGUUACCCCCUCUCUGCUACUGAUGGGACAAUCUGGCGUAGCCAUUAUACGGAACAUCAGGAUACAAGAUGGCGCACCCCAUUCGCUUACUUAGAGCACUCGUGGCUGGUGGAGUCUUCGUUCUAAUUAUCUUUAUAGCAAAGACAACAUACGACUCCCAAACCGACGUGAAUCACGUGCAAGUUGUCAGCAAAUCAGAGGAGCGGAUUAUCGGACAUGCUCGGACAACUCAAACCACAGCUUCUCCGAACGUCUCAACCAAUUUGUCUCGAACAGCGUCAAUUGUCAAAAAUGCCCACCCCAAAAAGUCACCCGACCAAACCUCAUUUGGUUUUAUCGACACGGAGCGAGGCAUGAUGGACCUGGACGCCCUCUUUCGGCGACUUGUGAUUGUCACAGCAGUUUCGGACAAUCACGUGGGUGAGGUCAUGGGGAUGAUUGCGUCUGCGCAGAAACACAUGCCCGACACACCAAUUUAUGUUUACAACUUGGGGCUCAAUGCAAAGAAUUUAAAAAAGCUUAGCGCAAUGUGCAACGUGCACAUGCGCAGACUGGUUUUCCGGGACUAUCCCGCGCACGUGAGAGACCUUCAUAUGUACGCAUGGAAAGUUGUCAUAAUGCGCGAAACCCUGACAGAAUUUGGUGCCAUUUUCUACGGUGACGCGUCUGUGCGGUUCACGGGGUCACUGCGCACGCUCUUUCCAUACCUCCACCUCCACCACGGUUAUAUGUGCCACAUUCACGGCUUCGACCCCAAAAUCAAACAGAAGACCACGCACCAGUAUUUUAAGACGCACAUGGAUAUGUAUGCUGAAUUGGGAGUUGACAGGGAAAAGUAUUUUAAAUCGGUCAAAGAAGCCCCUCACAUCUCAGCCGGGAGAAUUCUAAUGGUGAACAACUCAAUCAUACGAGAGCGCCUCUUGAUACCUCUGUACGAGUGUGCAAUGAGGAAACAGUGCAUUAAACCCAAAGGUGCUAAGACUGGGGGCCACCGUUAUGACGCCUCUGCCCUGGCAAUUAUCGUCUACAAAAACCUGAGGAAUGAGUGGACGGAAGAGAAUAAUAACGUCAAGGAGUUUGACGAGAUUGUUGAUAUAAAACGAACCAUCAAAGACAAAGACGGUGUAAAAUAUUGCGGAGAACUCCCAAUUUAAACGAUAUGUUUUUACGGUCCUAGGUGGCAACAGACUCACGAUUGUAUUAUUAUUAUUAUUAUUAAUGGCUUAAUUGGUUAUCGAAUUUGCAAGAAAAGAUAUGAAAGAAACA